UGCGCUUAGUUUGUCUGUGCUGCGAGUGGCGUGCGGAGCUUUUUUCUAUCGGGUGUCUCAUUUAUGGUCUCAUUGUUUGUAAACAUUGCAGCGGUGAGAAAUUGUCUUUCGUGAAAUUUCUGUGAAAAAGAGAAAUGCCGUCUGCUGAACUGUGUACGUUGACCACAAUGACGGCGCCAGCAGUACCAGCGAAGCAACCGGACAUGGACGCUUUAGUCUUAGAAAUCAAAGAAAAUCUGAGGUUAUCAGGACCGUCAAUGAAGGCAAUACCCUGCAGUCACCUUUCACGGAAGUCGUCCCGUGCCUCUCCAUACCGUAUACCGGGCAAAUAUUUCUACGAUUCGUGCGACGCAACUUGUGUCCGACAAAAAAACAAACAACAAGAUCUUAGUCAACAAGACCCCUACGAACUGUUACAAACGUUAUUGAGGUCGGGUAAUUUAGUUAAUGAGGCUGUGCGUAGAGUUAAACUAGGUUUAACUCAAGGAUUAUCUACGAAAAAGUUAUUCUACGAAUCGGACGAGGAAUCGUCGAGGAGUCCUGUGUUCAGGUUUUUUCAAGAAAACUGAACC